GGCUGCUUUCAUUCUAAAGUAAAGAAAAUGCAAAGCGCCAAACGCGAAGACCCUGUUAAACUCGCUGCACAAACUGCUUUUAGUGUUAGUGAAGUCGAAGCACUCUUUAAGCUAUUCGAAGCACUCUUUAAGCUAUUCAAGAUCAUCAGCAGUUCGUUGGAUGACGAUGGGCUUAUUAGCAAGGUAAACGUUUCUGUGAUUCCUCCGUUUCCACCGGUUCUUUUGGCUUUCCUUCAAUGUGGCCCGGAAUUAGGAUUAUCACAUAUCUACAUAUGAUGUAUCA